AAGUGCUUUGCAGGUCCAGAUUUAUUAUGCUUUCAGAUGGAUACUUCAAACAGACGGCUGGGCGAGACGGAGGUUAACAACCAUUCAGACCUCUCAGUCCAUCACUCAAAAAAGUAGCAGCAAAGAAGUGCAGCGGUCUUCGGGCGGUCUGUAGCGACUAUCCAGGGAUUUUACCGGAGCGUCUUUUAUUCAACCCUAUGACCAUGAAUGGAAGCCAAGACUGGUGGUAAUUCCUAAGAACAGCAAUCAAAAGUACCCAGAUCCUCGAGGAGAACUACAAAACCAAACGUCAAAAGGCUGUGGAACAACUUUGUCUUGACGGGGUAACCAAUCGUGUGUCAUGAUGACUGGGCCCCCACCAGGGCAGACGGUCCUCCUCCUGCUGCUUCUUAGGGCCAGCAGCGGGGGCUGUCAGAAGGACUGCACAGGAGUAGACUGCCCUGAGCUGGUUAACUGCCUGGAGGAGAGGCUGGAGGCAGGGGCUUGCUGCACCACCUGUCUCCAGAAGGGCUGCACCUGUGAGGGUUACCAGUACUACGACUGUGUCCACGCUGGCUUCAACAACGGGAAGGUCCCUGAGGGGCAGUCCUACUUCGUGGACUUCGGAAGCACUGAGUGUUUGUGUCCAGUGGGCGGCGGUCGUAUCGGUUGUCACUUCAUGCCGUGUCCUGAAGUCCCUCCGAACUGCGUGGAGGUGUCGGAGCCGGCCGACGGCUGUGUCACCUGCCAGCGCAUCGGAUGUGUCCAUGACAACAAGAAGUAUGAGGCUGGACACUCCUUCCACCUGGAGGCUUGUCAGGUCUGUCAUUGUCCAACAGACGGGGGACAGAUGAUUUGCUACCCCGUCCCUGAUUGUGUCCGCAGCAACUCCAAUGCCCUCCACAAAUCCAUGCCUGCCACCCCCAUAAACAACAAACCGGAUGGUCAGCCUAGACGCCCCAUCCGUCCACUUACACACCCGGAUAGAGCUCAGGACAGACCCCCUACAGGUCUUCACCCGGAUAGAGCUCAGGACAGACGCCCUACAGGUCUUCACCCGGAUAGAGCUCAGGACAGACCCCCUACAGGUCUUCACCCAGAUAGAGCUCAGGACCGACGCCCCACAGGUCUUCACCCGGAUAGAGCUCAGGACAGACGCCCCACAGGUCUUCACCCAGAUAGAGCUCAGGACAGACCCCCUACAGGUCUUCACCCAGAUAGAGCUCAGGACCGACGCCCCACAGGUCUUCACCCGGAUAGAGCUCAGGACAGACCCCCUACAGGUCUUCACCCGGAUAGAGCUCAGGACAGACGCCCCACAGGUCUUCACCCAGAUAGAGCUCAGGACAGACGCCCCACAGGUCUUCACCCGGAUAGAGCUCAGGACAGACCCCCUACAGGUCUUCACCCGGAUAGAGCUCAGGACAGACCCCCAACAGGUCUUCAUCUGGAAAGCUCAGAAGACAGACAACCCAUCGGUAUUGAUCCGUAUAUCUCAGAGGACAACCUGAACAGGGUAGUUAGAGAAAGAAAGGUUAUGCCUCCUGUUCAUCCCUAUAGCUCUCAGGACAAGCCACCCAGACUUCUUAUAUUCAGAGAGACUGAGCAAGACAGAUCCUCCUACAACCGUCCUCCGUUCUCCUUUAAUGGUCCUGACGUCCCUCCAUCAUUCAGCAGUCCGGAGCUCCCCCCAUUCCCCUUCAAUGCCCCAGUCCCCCCAGGCCCCCUCCCCAAACCCUACCUGCCCGUGUUCAAACCAGACAGACACAUGGAUGAGGACAUGGAUGAAGAAUAUGACUACGCUCCUGCAGACACAGCUGAACCUCCUGUGGAUGAUGUGACCUCUCCAACACAGUCCUCUGUAACCUCUGUGUCCUACUUUGGGACGAAAGCUCCACUGCCGCGAUAUGGGGGCCACGAGAGGGGGUAUGACAGGGGCUAUGAUAAGCCGUAUGAUAGGUCUGUUAGUCAACAUGGAAACAGGGGUUAUGAUAGCAAAGGCAAGGAGGAGCUGAAGGAGAGAUAUGGGGUCCUUGAGACCACCACAGAUACUAUUAAACACAUAGACUGGUCUACAGAGGCAAACAGGCUUGGGCAGACAGACAGUCUAGGGAAGACGGACAGGUCCACAAAGAUAUACAGGAUGAGGGUGGCAGAGAAAGACAGGGUAAAGCAGACAGACAAGGUUGGACUUAUUGACAGCCUAGGAUGGACAGACAGUUCUGAGAAAAAGAGGUUUGGAGAGACAGACAGUCCAGAAUAUCAAACCACCUUCAGUCAGCUUGAAGACACCGCAGUUGAGACAGCUACCACCCGCAGUACCAGCUCAAACCUGCAGGACGCCACAUCUAGUUCUUCCUGGAAGAGACCCUCAGAAAGCCAGAAACCCCCUCACCUGCAGGAAGCUGGGGAUUUGGACGAUUGGGACACUUGGGAAAGAAGGAUGGAUGAGGAGGAAGAGGGGGGCGAAGAGGAGGAGGAGGAGAAAGACGUUCUUUUGGAGAGUACCACCUCACCUGGGUGGCAAGAUUUGGAUAAACAGGGGAUGACGUUACGGGAGGAAAUAGAGAGUAAGAAAGUAGAAGAACAGAGGAGAGAGGAAAAUAAAGAGAAGACUACACCUAGUAACCAUGUGAAAGCUGCGGUUAUCAGAGAACCAGGAAGUCACAAGGCUUCAGUAGAAUACAGUACUACAUCCCCCAGAAUUCAUGAGGAACACACAUUUAGAAAUACUACCCCCGGACAGCCUGGCCACCAGAGCAUUUCUGCUACUACAUCCCCCAGAGUACAUCAGGACCACACCAGUGGUACAAAGCCUCUUCACUACAUGACCCAGAAGCCGUACCAUACUACCCCUAGAGAACCUAAGCCCAUGGAGGACCAAACUACAUAUUUCAGACUGCCAGAUCACAAAAAUCAUAUAACAACAUAUCCCAGACCGCUUGACCACCAACCCAUCAGAACUACAACUCCCAGAGAACCUGAGGUCAUCACAGACAGAACAACAACCUCAAGACAAGCUGAACACCACAAUCUCAACACAAACCCUGAUCACAAUACCCUGACCAGGAUCCUAGGCUCUCAUGCAAUUAGAACUACAACUCCCAGAGUGCCUGAACACCACUCAACCCAAAUGAAGCCUGACAACCAUACCCUGAUUGGACAGUCCGAGGCUCAUCACCCAGCCUCCAGGCCUCCACAUAACCACAAUAUCCCCCUGAGAGUGAGAUUCAGUGCAACCAGCCAGCCUCUUCUCAGGGUGUCAGCUGACCUAGGGAAGGAAGAGGAGAGGGAAUCUUUUCCAGUCUUUCACUCUAAGACUCAGAAGGCUGGUCUAACAUCUGUUGAGGAGGUGGGAAACUGCUGUGAAGUGGGUCGGCGCUGGGCUUCAGAGAAACAGCAUUGCAAUAACAUGCCUGUGUUGAAGGAAGACAAACACUCUGUCUGCAGUAUCUCCCAGCAGCAGUGCUGUCGGGGCGUUCUUAAAGAGACCAGCUGUCUAGCUGGGAUGACUGCCGCUCGAGGAGGAGACAGCUGUCAUCCGGACCAGGGAAAUCAGUGUGCUGCAGACUCUUACCAGGUGUGCUGUAGCUGCUGUGCACUGGGCAUGGCUCUGCGUUCUGAGGGGAGGGGCUGCGAUGCCCACCAGUACCUGGGGUACCCCUGUGGUCAUGUGUUGCUCACCUGCUGUGAGGAGGAGGAGCUUAGUCAAAACCCACCCAGGCCUGGACCAGACCCCCUGACAGAGACAGUCUCUGACAGGACGUUCCCAGAGGACACGCUGUCCGUCCUGAACCCAGGCGGAGACCAGCCAGCCGACAGGGAGGAGCAGCAACAGGAUGUGGAUGAGUGCCAGCUGUACCAGGGGACGUUAUGUCACCACACCUGUGUCAACACCUGGGGAUCAUUUCACUGCUCCUGUCACCACGGUUAUACCUUAAUGCAGGACCUGCAUACCUGUUCUCCAGUGAGUCUAGAGGAGGUGAACGGACUUGGAGAGAAGAGAGUGAUGCCUACAGAGGAUCCAGCAACACAUCUCUCCCACGCUGAGGAUGACCAGCUACCUUGUGCAGGUAAUGGUCCCUGUAUGCAGCAGUGUUCUGAGGUUGGAGGUCACGCCCGCUGUUCCUGUUUUCCAGGCUUCUUCCUGAAGGCAGAUGGACACAGUUGUGAAGAUGAGAAUGAAUGUGUGACCAACAGCCACAUUUGCCAGAACAGUGAGCGCUGUGUGAACACUCUGGGGUCAUUCGUGUGUGAGAGGAAAUCCCCAUGUCCAGUCGGAUACCAGCUCAGGAAUGAAGUCUGUGAGGACAUCGAUGAGUGUGUGGUGCGGAGCCACAACUGUGACCGAGGGUUUGAGUGUCAGAACACCGAAGGAUCCUUCCUCUGUAAGCCCAAGCAGACGUGUCUCACAGGAUUCACCCAGGACUCGCAUGGAAACUGCAUCGAUGUUAAUGAGUGCAGUACCUUGUUGGAGCCGUGUAGUGCUGGUUUUAACUGUAUCAACAACGUGGGCUCCUACACCUGUCAGAGGAAGGCCAUCAUGUGUAGUCAGGGAUACCACUCCAGUCCUGAUGGAACACACUGCAUCGAUUUGGAUGAGUGUUUGACAGGAGUCCAUGGAUGUGAUGAGGGUCAGGUGUGUUAUAACCUCCCUGGCAGCUUCCGUUGUGACUGUCAGACUGGCUACCAGUAUGAUGCUACACGCCAACGAUGCAGCGAUGUGAAUGAGUGCUGGCUCUACCCUGGCAGGCUGUGUGCUCAGAAGUGUGAGAACACACCAGGGUCCUAUCAGUGUUCCUGUACUGCUGGCUUUUCUUUGGCCUUCGAUGGCAAGAACUGUGAAGAUAUGAAUGAGUGUGACUCAAGCCCUUGUGAUCAGGAGUGUGCUAACAUCUACGGCUCCUACCAGUGUUACUGCCGACAGGGCUUUUAUCUGAAGGAGGAUGGACACAGCUGUGGAGAUAUCGAUGAGUGCUCCCAGAGUAUAGGGAACCUGUGUGCAUUCAAAUGUGUGAAUGUUCCAGGCAGCUACCAGUGUGCCUGCCCACCUAAAGGAUUCACCAUGUCAACCAAUGGACGCACCUGUCGAGAUAUUGAUGAGUGUGCUACAGGAGGGCAUAACUGCUCUAGCAGUCAGAGCUGCUACAACGUCCAGGGAAGUUAUAAGUGUCUGUCCUUCUCCUGCCCACUGAACUACAGGAAGGUCUCAGACAUGCGCUGUGAGCGGAGCAGUUGUCCAGCUCACUCAUUAGACUGCCAGUCCACUCCUCUCAGAAUCACUUACCACCAGCUCUCCUUCCAGACCAACAUCAUCAUCCCUGCUCAGAUCUUCAGGAUUGGACCUUCUCCUGCCCACUCUGGAGACAACAUCGCAAUCUCCAUCAUCCGUGGCAAUGAGGAGAAUUACUUCUCAACACGAAAGCUGAAUAGUUUUAUGGGUGCUGUGUACCUGCAGAGGCAGGUUCGAGAGCCAAGGGACUUCCUGAUUGACGUGGAGAUGAAACUUCUAAGACAAGGAGCAUUAACCAGCUUCCUUGCCCGAAUAUAUGUCUUUAUUACAGCUAAUAUGUUGUAGAAUCUAAACAAAUACACAAACAAACACACACAUAAUGGUGCUCAGUCAUAAUACUUUAACAGUAACAAUCACUUUUCUCCGAAAGAGAAUAUCGUUCACCAGAGACUCACCAGGAUGAUCAUAUGGUGCUCAAUUUUAUACUAUUUAAAUCACAAUGUCACCCAUAAUGCUAAACCUAAUACUAGUUAAAUCACUAUGUUACCCAUAAUGCUAAACCUAAUACUAGUUAAAUCACUAUGUUACCCAUAAUGCUAAACCUAAUACU